AUGGGAGAUACAUCAGAUUACUCUAGCUACCACCCAUACCCCUCAUACAUGCCCUAUCCUCCCUACUACCCACCAUAUCCACCCUAUCCUAUGUUCUCACCUCCACCCCAUUACCAGAAUCCGGCAAACCCUAAUGCAGGGAGUGCUGCACCACCUUUUCCUCCCCCAGCAGAACCAAUAAUUCAUGAAAUCCGACCACCCAAACCUAAUCCAUCAGUAGGGAGCAAGGUAAAAAUGACAAAUUACCUGAAGUUGGAUGUUCCUAAGUAUAAAGAGGGUGAUGAGCCAUUUGAGUACAUUAAAGCAAUGAAAAUGAUAGCUGAUGAGUUAAGGCCUGGGGACAGUGGAGCCAUGCAAAUGGCGGGAUUCACUAUGAAGUGCAAAAAGACAAAGGAGUGGUUCAAGAAUUAUGUGGAAUCGAAGCUAGAUGGCUUAUCUUAG